GGUAGUGGCAGCUGCUGAGUUGAACUGAUACCCUCCACCUCGACCCCUACUUUCUCCCUUUCAGUGUAUUUGUGUCUGUCUUCACCGGUUGCACAAAGCGGAGCUGGCCGGAAAGACAAAAGGAGAGCUGACACACAAAGGCCAGCAGUUACUCUCCCAGAUGGCGACACACGCAGAGACAUAUUUCACUAGCGGUAUACUGAUUAUCAUGUGUGUGCACUACAUAUGAAUUGGCAGAUUUAACAUCAGGAGGUUUUAAACAGGAUUCUGUGCCGACAGCCUCCCCGCUGCAGCCUGCGGAUAGGAAGAGGCAAAGAUGCAGAUGACCAAGAGCUCUCUCUUGCCCAGGCUGGGCUGUACCUUACACCCUGGCACUUUUUCAUUGUUAAACGUGGCCAGUUAAUCCACGUGGGAAAUGUUCCAGCAGAAGGAUAGAGGCACCGUCCAAGCUGUUCAUAGCUCGGCUGCUAGGAUAGCUCCCUGAAAAGCUCUAAGAAGGAUGGAGCCACAAAGGACACCGCUAGACAUGUGCUCUUAUACAUUGAUAUGUGCCACGGUUAGUUGUGUGUUGGAGUCGGAGAAGUAAAUCCACAGAGAAUAUGUUACACUUCCUUGGGUUUGCAUGAUGAAACGGCAACGGAGGUUCUAACUGAACAAUACGAUGUGUCCAAUGUUUUUUUUUUUAACUUAACCCAAACUAGAGUUGCUGCCAGCAUGGCGUCGAGGGCGAUAAAGCAGCAGCACCCAUUCUCCCCCAGAGAACAGCAACUGGAGGAUCAAGCGGAGAGCUUCAGGUCCAAAAGUUUGCCGGCUCUGAACAGGUCUGCUCCUCAGAUUACUGCAACACAAAGCACCCUCCUUGAGGCAGAACGGAGUUUCCUGCACAGUUUCCAAGAAAGGUCUGACCUGAGAUGUGGCCUUGACACCGACAAAUCAGCUCACAGUAACGGUGCUGGUGCUUCUGGGACUGUGUUUUCUUUCACAGCCUCCAGCUUUUCAGGGAUCAGGAGUUUCACUGAGAGGACAGACUGUAAUAACUUUGCUGGCACAAGCAAAGGUGUUUCCCCAGCUUCCACGUUGCUAGCUCUCCCAGGUAGAAAGUGUCUCAGCAUGGUGCUGACAGAUUCCCGUUUCUUCUUGGUGUGCAUGUGCUUUCUGACCUUCAUUCAGUCCUUAAUGGUCUCUGGGUAUCUGAGCAGUGUUAUUACCACCAUUGAAAGGAGGUACAGUUUGAAAAGCUCUGAGUCUGGGCUGCUGGUCAGCUGUUUUGAUAUUGGUAGUCUGGUGGUUGUGGUGUUCAUCAGUUACUUUGGGGGGCGCGGACGGAGGCCGCUCUGGCUUGCCAUAGGUGGGUUUUUCAUUGCUCUUGGGGCUGCACUUUUUUCUUUACCUCAUUUCAUCUCUCCACCAUAUCAGAUCCAAGAAUUGAACUCUUCCCUCUCUAACGAGGGCUUGUGUGUGACUGGCAAUAAUACCGCCAAAGACCAUUUGGAGUCACUGGCCUGUGUCAAGGACUCAGGUGGAAAUGAUCACUCCCUCUAUGUAGCUUUAUUCAUUUGUGCACAAAUUCUCAUUGGCAUGGGCUCCACACCCAUCUAUACCUUGGGACCAACCUACUUAGAUGACAAUGUCAAGAAAGAAAAUGCAUCACUGUACCUAGCCAUCAUGUAUGUAAUGGGAGCACUUGGUCCUGCCGCAGGUUAUUUACUAGGAGGAGUUCUUAUUGGUUUUUAUGUUGAUCCUAGAACAACUGUUUAUAUUGACCAGAGUGACCCUCGAUUCAUUGGAAACUGGUGGAGUGGAUUCCUCCUUUGUGCCAUUGCAAUGCUCCUUGUGAUAUUCCCAAUGUUUACUUUCCCAAAAAAGCUCCCACCGCGACAUAAAAAGAAGAAGAAAAAGAAGAUGAGCUCUGAUGACAUUUCAAGUGAUGAUGAUGUCAUGAAAGAGAAAACCAACAGCAAAAGACAAGUGGAUAGUUCAAUUCCUGCUUCUAUGGGAUUUGGAAAGAAUGUUAAAGAGCUUCCAAGAGCAGCUGUCAGGAUCUUAAGCAACAUGACAUUCCUUUUUGUGAGUUUGUCAUACACAGCUGAGAGUGCCAUUGUUACUGCUUUUAUUACCUUCAUUCCCAAGUUCAUCGAGUCACAGUUUGGCAUCCCAGCUUCCAAUGCCAGCAUCUACACUGGUGUGAUUAUUGUCCCAAGUGCUGGUGUUGGCAUUGUGCUUGGUGGCUACAUUAUUAAAAAGCUCAAACUUGGUGCAAGAGAGUCUGCGAAGCUGGCUAUGAUUUGCAGUGGCGUGUCUUUGCUGUGCUUUUCAACACUUUUCAUUGUUGGAUGUGACAGCAUUAAUCUAGGGGGCAUAAAUAUCCCAUACACAACGGGUCCUACACUCACUAUGGCACACAGAAAUCUGACAGGUAGCUGUAAUGUCAACUGUGGAUGCAAAAUUCAUGAGUACGAGCCCGUCUGUGGAUCAGAUGGAAUAACAUACUUCAAUCCAUGUUUGGCUGGCUGCAUCAAUGGUGGAAAUCAUAGCAUAGGGGUAAGAAAUUAUACUGAAUGUGCCUGUGUCCAAAGCCGCCAAGUUAUCACUCCACCCACUGUGGGACAGCGCGGUCAGCUCAGGGUGGUUAUUGUCAAAACAUACCUGAAUGAGAAUGGCUAUGCUGUUUCCGGGAAGUGUGAUCGGACCUGCAGUACACUUAUCCCAUUCCUUAUAUUUCUGUUCAUAGUUACCCUUAUAACAGCAUGUGCCCAGCCGUCGGCAAUCAUAGUGACACUCAGGUCUGUGGAAGAUGGUGAGCGGCCUUUUGCACUAGGAAUGCAAUUUGUUUUAUUACGAACUCUUGCUUACAUUCCUACUCCAAUUUAUUUUGGGGCUGUUAUUGACACCACGUGCAUGCUUUGGCAACAGGAUUGUGGUGUGCAAGGAUCUUGUUGGGAAUACGAUGUAACUUCAUUUCGCUUCGUUUACUUUGGAUUGGCAGCUGGUCUCAAAUUUGUGGGAUUCUUUUUUAUUUUUCUGGCCUGGUAUUCCGUUAAAUAUAAAGAAGAUCAGCUACAGAGGCAAAGAUGGAGGGCUUCACCUGUAAACACAGUGAGCGAGAUGGUUGGCAAUGCUGGACCUCAACAAAACUAUGCACGGACUCGAUCCUGCCCUACUUUCAGUGCUCAGGGGGAGCACGCUGAAGACGUCUGUCUGGCACAAGGAAUGAAUUACAUAGCCCAGACAUAUCCUGGCCCCUUUUCAGAAGCAAUAAAUUCCACAACUGAAAAUGCAUUGGAAGAAGUCACUGCUGAAAUAUAGACCCCCAGGCUUGAAAAUGUAAAAUUCAGUUUUGUUGGUUGAUUUAAAUAUGGCGCCUUGUGAAACACCCGUGCCUUCUUUUUUAAUCUACAUGUCACAUGAUAAACCAACAAAAUUUAAAGCAAACAUCAAUAGCAUACUUGAGGGCUGGAUACCUCAAAAUGACCCAAGUUCUUAUUUCUCCCUUCCAGAUAAUGGAGUUUUAAAAAUUUGUGUUUGUAAUUACUUCGGGUGUGUCCAUUAAAUGUCCCUGCUCUGAUCUAGUGUCAAAAUAAGGGUGAGGUAUUCUAAAUGGCAGAAAUCAAUAGAAGGGUGACAGAAAUGUGUAUCAUUGAUGCCAAGACUUUAAGAAAAUGUUUAAAGGGAUCAUCAAUUUUGCAUCCCCGAAUCAUGGUUCAUAAAGAUGAGUAAUUACUGUGAGUUCUGCUACAAAGCACAAGUGAGCGUGUCUAAACUAUGCAAUUUAUCUGGAUAAUUGUUGAUGCAGCAUGUUAAUUUUGCUUUCAAAGUCUUUAAUCCAGCUGAACUUGAAUGGGGCUAUUUUAAGACAGAUAUAAGAUUUAAAAAUGGACAUAACUGUUUGAAGUACUGUUGAUAACAUUUUAAGCCAUAGAAAAGUUAUAUAGCAGGUAAAGUUUUCAAAUUCUAAGACAUCAUAUCCUUAUCCUAUUAAAAUGUACGUUCAUUUUAAUUUGAUAGGAUGUAAUAUUAUUCAGUCUAGUACACAGGAUAUGAAAGUAUAACUCAGUGUGAAAAACUACAGUAUUAAUUUGUAAUAACAUUAAGACAUGAUAAUCAUACCCAUAGAUUAGAGACUAUAACAAGUAGAUGCAUAUUUCUGUAACUACCUAUGCAGUUAUCUGCUAUAGGUGGCUAUUGCUAACUUCAAAUCCAUGCUUUUCUCAGAAAACACAGUAUCCAGGUUUAGUUUGCCAGGAACUGCUUGGCUGUCCUUAGGAAAUGCUUGGCUAUCUUUUGCAAAUGCAUGCAGAUCUUUUUAAACAAAUUGUUCUGGUUUUCCACUAAGUGAAAAUACCCAGAGAGUUUGGAUAGCUGCAUUUUGGGACUGCACUGCUACCAUUCCGCACAGACCUUAAACUGAAUGCAAAGGGGAGUUUGCUCCACAUCUGCCCCCACCCCCAUCUUCAUUUAAAACUCUCUGUGAGGUAUGGGGGAAAUGAAGAGUCAGCUGACCCCUUCCAGCGGAAGAUUUAGGCACAGAAGGCACCUCCAUUCCAGGACCCACACGGCAUGUUCUGGCAUUUGAUUAUUCAAAACAUUUUAAUGAGUUUUCCCACUAGAUUGAAUCUUCGAGAGACUGUUUCUUUUUUAUCUGCUUCCUGUACUAAUUCCUCAUCCACAGUCUUAAACUGAGGGCAUUACAACUGGCUGUUGCUGACAUUUAGUGAUAUGUAAGGUGGAAGGUUGUGAUAAGAAGCCAGAGUUAUAUUCUACUUGCAGGUGCAUGUCUCAGAGCAUUUGGGAAUAGAGGAGGGGAUCUUGUCUUUUGUGAAAUUUGGUUGGUGAGAAGCACGCGAGUAGAAGCCAUGAUACAUACAGUAGAAAGAAUUAUUUCUAAAUAGAUAUAAACAAUUUUGAUGAGGGUUCAGGAAUUUCAGAGGAAUUUUUUUUAAAGUUACAACUAGAACAAAUUGACUAAGUCAGAGAGGACCAAAUCCUGUUUCAAUUAACGGUAAUGGCAAAAUCUCCAUGGGCUUCAGUAGUCUCAGGAUUUGGUCUGUAGAGUAUAGAUUUUCCUCUCUUGCCAGCUUCCUCCUUUUCUGACUGGCAUCUGAAGUUACCAUGCUGGCAUCAGAUCCUGGUUGAAAUAUUGACUCCAUUUAUUCCAGAAUGUCUUGAUUAGUUUAUGACUCUUGAGCCUCUAAUGACCAUCUAUCUCUGUGGGUGAAAAUGUACAGAAAACUGUUACAUUGCUCAUCAUGUAGUAUCAGUGACUUUAAAUAGCAGUGCAGUACUUUAGGAACCUACGAUAUAGGACUGGAAAAGACCUCCUGGGUCAUCAAGUCCAGUCUCCUGCUAUUGCAGGCAUCACCAUAAUAUAAUCCCAUUCAUAAACUCCACCUUUAAAACUAGUUAGGAUUCUUACCCCACUACUGUUAUCCAGUGACUGUUUCAAACCUCACUCCUCUGGUGGUUAGCAACCUUGUGCUUUCCAGCAUAAAUUUAUUCAUGGCCAUUAAUACCCAUUUGUUCUUGUGCCCUUUAGCUUAGAUAGCUCUUCUCCCUUAAUUCACCUCUUGUUAUUCUUUGGAUAUUAAUAUUUAAUUUGAGCCUUAUUUAAUUUUUAGAAUAGUCCAGUUCAGACUACAAAUAAGGUAUAUUUUUAACAGUGAGGGUAAUUAACAACUUACCUAGGGAUGUGGUGGAUUUGCUGUCACUAGAAGUCUUUUAAUCAAGACUGGAUGGCUUUCUAAAAGAUAUGCUCUAGCUCAGCCAAAAGUUAUAGGCUUGAUGGAGGAGCCACUUGGUGAAAUUCUCUGGCCUGUGUUAUACAGGAGCUCAGACUAGAUGAUCACAAUGGUCCCUUCUCGCCUUAGAAUCUAUGAGUUUUGAUUAAUUUAAUAGCAUAGGGUCAGAUCCGACCAAUAAUGUGUUUUUCAGUAUUCAGUAUGCUGUUUGAGCACGGUGUAGUGUCCUCUCUGCUCCCACUGACGUUAGUGACCACAGAGACUGGGCAGCACCUUGCAAGUGGUACUGGGCUCCUUGCUAGAGUAAAACUGGGGUGAGGCAAUGGUGAACCAGGCCCAAGGUCUCCUAUUGUAGAGUUUUGGGGGUCAGACCCUCAGCUGCUCUAAGGUGAUGUAGCUCUAUUGAAGUCAUUUACAUCAGCCUAUUAUCGGGUUCUUAUUUAGAGUUUGUAUUCUAUUUCCUCUCCAGUUUGUAAUGCUGUCUUUAUAAUUCGACAGAGAAUACUUUCCUCCCAAGUUUACCCUGGUCCAUUUCCAAGAGUUUAUUUAUUUCUAAUGGAGUUAGAGUCAUUUUAACACUGAUCUGCUACAUCGUGCACCAGCAUUGCAAAUAAUAAAUUCAAGCCUAUUCACGUCAGGUAGGUAGAACUCCCACUGUGGGAGAUUUGCCUGAGAGGAAUGCAGGAUUGAUUUCCAUGUUCGAGAAGAGUGUCUGAGUUAACCUACCAGGUUACAACACUUAAGGUACUUUACCUGUUGGGCUUGAACUACUUCACAUUGUCCCUUUAAAAUGUUCAGAAUUGGACAGUCCAUUUCAUUGGCUUCAUUUUUCAAUGGGAAAUUAGAGUUUUUUAUGCCCUUUAGCAAUUUGUAGUGGUUAAAUAUAAACAUUUCCAUAGACUAGAUUGUACACAUACAGGUAGACAGCCAACAUUUCUGUAAAUAUAUACUGUGACUAAGUGUAGCUAGUAAUAUGAAUCAUCAUAUUGCAAACACCUACAAGCCUCUCAUUAUACAGAUAAGCUGUUUUCUGUUAAUUUACAGAUCACCUUAUAAAUGAAGAUGGGUCUGACCCUUCAAGUUCAGACCUCAGUUGAAACUGUCCCAAAAUGUGGGGGUUAUUGAAUUUAGGCUCUUUAGUUCAGGCUGAUCUCUACUUUUAAGAUCACUGUAUAAUCAGUUGUUUGUAUUGUAUUAUUGUUUUUCCCACACUUCAACCAACUUGUCACCAGAUUUCCUGUUACAAGCUACUGUUCAGGUGAUGGGAUGGGUAAAAAGACUCUGUGUUCGAGGAUGCCUGAAAAAAGAAGUGUCCAAAAUGUUCUUCAGUUCUAGGAAGAAUGAAGACCCUUCUGUCUUAACAUCCUUGAUCUGCUCUGGAUGAAUAGCUAAAGCAUGUCAUGGUGCUAGUUGUUAUUGAAGUAUUUCAUGAGGCAUGUUCACCAUGAUUAACUGACAUUCAAAAUAUUUCAUUUAUGUAACGGCAUGUGCUUUCAUUUUGAAAAUCUGGAAAUGUUCCUGCAAAGAUCAUAAUUACCAGUGGGCCAAAUCCUACAGUCCUUACUUAGUCUUUCAGUGGGAAUAUUGCUUGCACUACAGGAUUUGGUUUAGCAUUAACAACAGUACUAAUAUAAAACUAUAGAACCUGUAGAAACGUAGUGUAUGACUAAUUUCCAGUAGAACAUUACCUGUUUUAAUAUACCUUUAUGGAGUACUGCUAAACAGUUGUUCAAAGUAAGGUUUCUGUGAACUAAAAGAUUGGGCCAAAUUCUGGGGAUACUUAACUAAGCAAAAUUCCUACUGCAGUCAAUGAGAAUUUAAACUAAAAUUAAGGUACCUGAAUUUGUCCCAUUAAUAAUAUUCCUCUAUAAACUACCAAAAUGAAGAGCCAAAGUCAAGGGCCCAAUUCAGCCAGUUGAAAUUCACUCCAGGUAUUUUGUCAUUUGUUUCUGUGGAGACCGAAUUUGGCCUGUUUGUUGGUUUUGACCUUUGAAAGGUAAUACCUUUUCUGUCUUACUUUGUGUGGACUUAACUGGGCUAGGGAUCAACGGGGAUCAUUGAGCCGACUUAUCAAGAUGUGUGCCUGAGAGCAAGGCAACCAAAAUUUUACCUUCUGGAAGAAAACAUUUUUAAAAACAAAAAUUAUCGCAGAGCUGUAUUAAACCAAAAAGUUGUACAGAAACAUAUAAACUCAGUUUUUGUGCAGAAAUGCAAGUUGAAAUCACUGUUAUAGUGGGCAUUCCUCAUAAAGGUCUGCUCCUCUCUCCACUGGAGUAAAUGGGAGUUUUGCCAUUGACUUCAAUAGGAGCUGACCCAAAAUGCAUACCUCUCCCCCUCCAAAAAAUCUGGGUAGUGGCUUAGGAGCAUGGAAUUACACUGGCCUGUAAUUAUUUAGUUUAACAAAGCGUUAUAUUGAAUAAACUGGUGUUAGGUCAUUUGUAGUGUGUGUAUAUGAGUGUGUGUGAUAAAAGAGAGGGACUAAUUGUUAGGUGCAUUUGUUUUUGCCUACCUUAAGGUUCUUUUAUUGAUAUUUCUCAGCAGAACUUAGAAUAAUGUUUAUGAUGUAUAACACACUGUGGUUAAUGACAUUUACUGUCAACAUCUAUUGUAAACGUGUUUACAAGAAAACCCUUGAAUACUUGAUAUUUGAAAAUAAAAAUAGCAUAUCAAGCGUGUUUUCUUUAUGACAAAAAAAAUCACUUUUGUGUGUGUGUGUGUGUGAGUUGGUGUGCAGGGCUGUGCACACCAGUUGAUUACGGAAGAUCUGGAUUCAGUUAAGGCCCACUUGUAUGCAUAUUGGAAUCAAUGCAGGUCCAUCCAUUGAUUUCAGUGGACACUGGGAUCAGCCUCUUAGGGCCAAAUCCUGAUCACAUGGAAAUCAAUGAUAAAAUAUCCAUUGCCUUCAAUAGACUGGGCCCAAAGGAAUUGUCACAAACAGCGAAGAUGAUUAUUACAGUGCUACAUUUUGCUUGGGGGAACAGAAAAAAAAGGUUUUUUGAAACGUACUGUAACAUACAUCUAGCUAUGGUUGGCAUAUGUUUAUAUUAUUUAAAAAUACACCAUUUUGUGACAAAUCCAAUACAUUUAUAAGAACAAUUUAGCCUGAACGUUAUGAUCAGCCAUUUCUACAUACAUCUUCUGUCUGGUUAUGAGGGUAAUGCCCACUAAACUGUGAAACUUUGGACUACUUAGCUGUUUUAAGGGUGAAACAGUUGACUAUUCCUGAACACAAGAGGCUUUGCAUUAAGGGCUAUUAGAGCACAAAUUAAAAAAUAAAGAGGAAACCCCACCAAUAUAGGCCUCCAUAUAAGCAGAGAUUUAAGUGAUGCUUGCAUUAGUUGGCAAUACACGUAUGGAAAUCCUGUUCAGCGUCACAGUGACCCACGCAGAACUUCCAGAUCAGAAAAAGAGUAGUUUCCCCUCACCAGCUUCAGAACUGAGCCCUCACACUGGGGGAACUGCCACAAAAGGGAUAAAAAUUAUUCAAAUGCUGCUGGAACUUGGCUCCUUUAUAUGACAGUGCCCCUUUGUUUGGUGUUUGAUAAAUGGCCCAA